UUAUCGGCCCGCGAUCCGGAGCAGUCUUCUUCUUGUAAACAGCAGUGCAGUUUGGGCGGCAGAGAAGAGAGAUCGCUUUACUACGGGUUGCUUUUCUCGGCGAUCGCGCUGUUCUGUCAACUCCCCAAUAACAUAAUCUAGUGCUUCAACAUCUGAAGACUCGGAUCUUGCUCAUAGAAGAAAAACUCUAGAGGAAGAGGAUAUGGCAGAUGGAAGCCUCCUUCGAAGCCCAGAUGGCAAACUACAGAUCAGUGGCAGUGAACCUAUAUCCACUCUCUCUGUUGAAGGAUCAGAACCAGUGCUUGGCUGCCUAGUAAAUAUCCCAAAAGAUGCAAAUAAGCUGAGAGAAGCUCUUGGUAUUGAUAGCAAUAUUCAUCAUUUUGCAUUUGCAUGUACGACCCCUGCCUUUCGUGAAUCAUCCAGUGAUAUCCGUGUGGUUGUGUGCCGAGGUUACACUCACCAUGGUGACAAGCGGUUUACUAUCAAGGCCCACCCAAAGCAUUUGGUGUCACCGCAGUCUUCAUCACAGCAAGACAUUAUCUGGCAAUUGAUACCCUGCCAGGACCCACUAAAGGGCUCUCGCAUGAGGAAACUCUUGAAAGGAAUUGAAGUUAGCAAUAUGGAGGAGCCAUUUGAAAUCUGUAAAGGCCAGAGGGAGUUAUGUGGCAUUGGAGAAAAAGAUAAAAGGCUUGUUUUUCAACCAUUCAAGGUCAUGCUAACUGAUGAUGAAUCUUUUUGUCUGGGAAGAGAAAGCUUCAGUCUUCUCCAGCCUGCAGGGCCAUUGUUAGAUAAGGAAAACAAAAAUGUCUUGGGGUUUUAUUGGAGUAGAGAAAACAAAUUGGUUCUAUCAUUCCUGCAACGAGGGCAAGUUGUGGUUGAGAUUGCUGAUGAGAUCAUUGUCACAGAUAGUGUGGCUGUCCAGAAUAGUGCACCCAGCAGAAAUGGAACAACAGUUUCAGGAGGCCAAAGUGUGCCAGAAGCGAUCAAGACAGUCCCAGCCAAGCCAAAGCUAUCAUUGCAGGAUAUUGAACUGAAUCUUUACAGAAACCAUCAUGACAGCAGUGUUGACGAGCAAAAGAAAGUAACACCAGGAGACCCAUUGUCUAGUUUGUGGGAGAAGGACCCAAGUUUCCGAGACCACCUUGCCACCUGUCUGGAUAGAGCCUACAAGAUCAGAAAAUGUGUCCAGGGCUGGCCUGCUCUAGCUACUGAAGCGAAAGUCUCCAAGGAAGAAUGUGAGAAGUUCUCUUCUAAUGAGACAGGCAGUGCCUCAGAGAGGAUGUUCCGGUACAUUGAGGCUGCAAAACCUCGUCUCGGUCUUGAUAAUCUGCAGACAGCUUUCAAGAAGAGUGGCCAGGAAGAGUUGCAUAAGAUGCUCAGUGACUACAUUAGUGCGGGUCAUCUGAGGAAAGUCAAAUUUGUGUCCGAGCUUGCUGCAUAUGCACCAGAAAUCCUUGGCCAGAUAAUGUUGCGAAUUGACCGUGACAACUGCUGGCGUACCGUGGCCACGCAACUCGACAUCCCUCAACGUGUGUUUGAACAGUUCGACAACAAGAUGAAGGACAACCCAACCCGUCAGCUACUGCACUUGGUCCACACCCAUGACACCAGGUUGACGGUGGAGGAUCUCAAGACCAAGUUGAUGAGUAUCGAGCGUGAGGAUGUUGUGGAGGAUAUGCAGGGGGUGCCUGCCAAGAUUGGAAUCGAUGCACUGUUGAGCCAUUUCACGGUCACCGAAGGCAUUGAGCGCAAGCUGAACCGUGAAGACGCCUUCCUGCAGAACUGGCGCCAACUCGCUAAACUCUACUUGGAGGCUCAAAUGAUAUCCGACGAAGACUUCAGGGGGCUUCAGCCGGAACGUGAGGCACGCAGUCCUGCAACAGAACUCAUAAGUCAUAUCAUCAGCUCGCAGAAGCCCGAGCCGACAGUUGGGGAUCUUGUCGUGUAUUUCGCCCGCAUGCGCCGGGUCGACUGCCUGGAUAUUCUUGCCAGCUAUCUCAAACGGGGAUGGCGGGACGUGAGUGAUAUCCUCAACAAGAACCCUGCGCUCGGAUACAGGAGAACGAUUAGCGUUCAUUAAUAACCCACACAAAAGAAGCAACAGAAUUUGACAAGUGGAGGGAUGUCACCGAACACCGAAUACAGUGAACGAUAAUUCUGUUUAAUGUGCUACUCAGCGCAACGUCUAAACGAGGUCGUCUAAGUUGUCCAUAGGGACGAAAUAUUCUUUGAGAGUUGUGGAUGGGUACACCUUGCUAAGGAAAGUAGCACUAGCACAGUUAUGAAAUAUCGGUUAUUAGAAUUUCUUUAGCGGUUUUAGAAAUGAUGUAGCGGGUUCAAUUAUGGAGUCAACAUUCAUACAUUCAAUCAUGUUAUUGUAGAUGUGAAUACAAUAAGUGCUAGAGAAAUUUUAGUGUUGUGUCGAUGAAAGCAUGUGCCAAAACAGUGCAUGUUUUCAUUUUCAUCUCACUUUUAGCCAAUGUUUACUUAAGAAACUUCUAUUACAAAGUUGAUAGCGAUGACAAAUACAUGCAUUACCUUCUAUAUCGUGGGAUGGAUGUUUUUAGCACGAAAAAGUAAUGGUGUUAAACUUUGGUUUUAUUUUUUAAAUAAGAGUAAUAUGUUUGCAGUUACAACUGCAAAAAUUAACUUGUUCUUAAUUCCUUUAUUAGUUUUACUGUUGACUGGAGCUCUUACUAAUUUUAGAUAGUUUUUAAUUUUCGAACUCGUUUUCUUCUGUGUGGUUCUACCUACCAUGUCAGGGAAAACGUGAAACUGAAAUUUUAACUUAUAUUUAAGUGACCUUUUAGAGGAGUAAAUAUGAUAGUCAUGACUUAGUAGCGCCAAUAUUUUUACUGGCAUAAAAACUAUGUGAACGGCAAAGCAUCCUUUUCCAUUGAUUUCCCUAUACUGUACUCUAAAUUAAAAGUUCAGCUUUUAUUUAGAAUGAAAUGGGUGACCAGUGUUAUGCUAGAAGUUUCCCUGAAUUUUUUAUAAAUUUUGUCCUUGAUGGAGGUGGCUGCUUUGAGUGAUGUUAGAUAUUUUUUUUUUCUUUUAAUUUGCCAUACUGUGUAAGUCUUGUUUACCAUGGCCAUGUUAGACAACGUAAUAUAAAUGAAUAAAAUAUCUCUCCUCUCAA